AUAUGGCUGAAAGGAAGAAUCCGAUCGCCCCCUGCAGGGAGACCAACAACAACAAAACACAUACUUUUUCUAGUCAAAUUAGAAUACAUUUCAAAGUGGUCGAUUUUGGAGAUAUAUUUGAUGCUAGAAAGACAGUUACUGUCUGUUUGAGUAGUUAACAAGAGUGGUUUCAUGCAUGCCGAAGAUGAUGACGAUGUGACCCGCCUUCGAGGCAAUAAACGGAAACCGAAACUUAAUUCUACUGGAAGAAACAGUUCAAUGAAAACAACAUGAGUCGCUUUUGAAUGUCAGCCCGGCCCGCAGAGCUCAAGAUGGGUUCGGAUCAAUAUCGAUCAUCGCACAAAAUCAAUUGUGUAUUGUGCAAGAAAUCAGACGAAGACGAAAUCACUGGACCUCUCUCAUCCAAAGAGAACAUCUCCGCACACCAGAACUGUUUGUUAUUUGCAUCAGGGAUCUACUGCAAGAACUCGCCCACCUAUGAUGACCUGUUUGGAUUCGAUGUAGACGAUGUUAAGGACGAGCUGCGGAGAGGAAAAAGACUACUUUGCCACCAUUGUAAUAAAAAUGGGGCUACAGCAGGAUGUGAAAACAAGAGAUGUAGGCGCUCGUACCAUUAUCCCUGUGCUAUAGAGGCCAAUGCCAAAGCUAUUGAAGACUUUACUGAAGGCAGUUAUAAACUGCUCUGUGAAUUACAUGAUUCAAAAUCCAAAGGAACAAGUUCAGUAAAUUUGCAAGAGGCCUCAACAUCUGGUCUCAGUGGCUCUAAUAAGAAACGAAAAUCAGCAGACAGUCAUGGACGAAGAAGGCCUGACAGGAGUGAAUCUAAUUCAUCUACAGGGUCAUCAGAAGUGAGUUUGUCCAGAAAGAAGAAGAGGAAGUCAGCACUAGAUUUAACUUCUUCUCAACAGUUUUCAGAGUCUGAUGAUGACGUUGAACCCAUGUUUGCUCCAGUAGAGUCAGAUGUAGAAGAGUGUACACCUCCAAAACAGCACAAUCAGUCAACUCCUGACCCUGAACGUAAAGGGCCACGUGAAGAACUCAAUCCAUCAGCCACAGGUUCAUUAAAUGGGGGCUUAACAUCUGAUCAGAAGGCUUGUGGAUCAGCAGACAAUCCAGGAGAGUUGCAUGGCAGGAGCACAUCUGAUUUACCAAAAUGCUCACCAGAAUUGGAAACGCCCAGACGAAAAAAAAGGAAAUACAUUGUAUACUCAGAUGAUGAAAGUCCCAUCGGCACUAACCCUGUAGUAGCUCCUGUAGCGUCAGAUCUGGAGGAGUCUCUGCUUCCAAAACAGCCCAAUCAGUCCACUCCUGUGCCUGAAAAUACAAGGCCCUGUGAAAAACUCAACCUAUCAACCACAGGAGAAGAUGAUGAUGACACUGACAUUGAAUUAGAAAAAAAUGACAACAAAAACACAACACAAGGACACACAAAACCUCAAUGGCACAUUGGGACAAAGGAAGUGUCUCAGAGUUUGUUACAAUUAGAAAGGUAUCAUACCACUGCUCCAUUUACCGUUAUUGUGGACUCGGGGCUCUCAGCAGAAUCAGAGUACAGUCUAGAACCUGGUUCACCUGUCAGUGCUGACCCAGAGGCUGUUUGCCUCUCACCUGGUUCUGUCUCAGCCCCUGAACAUGAGGAUGAAACACCAUCCACAAGUAGAACCUCGCUGGCGCCCAGAGCUCCACCCACUGACACAGUCUCACCAGGUACUGUUGAAUCUCAGCCAGACCAGCACUGUGACAGCGAAGGUCUCUUAGGUCAACCAGAGUCACCUCAGCGUUCAAGUCCAACUGUAGAUGUUCCAAUGAUGGUAACAUCCGCAGUACGAACACUCUCAGCAUCUGACUUCAACAUCAAGCAGCAACCAGAACCUUUUCCUCCUGCUGGGGUGUCUACAUCACCAGAUCGGCCCGCUGCAUCAGAUGCUUUUGAUGUAAAUAGCACAGGACCCCAGUCCAAUGCCACCAUAUUCUGGACUAGAUGCAAUCAGGCCGGGUGGACUAAAGAAAUCUUCUCGGAGCUUGUGUCUCAGCUGAGCAGCCUGGGAGAAAGAGUACAAUCACAGGAAGCCAGCCACCAAGACUAUGAUGUUGCUCUCAAACUACUAGAGACAUCUGGACAACUACCUCGCAUUAUUACUCAGCUGGAACAAGAUUUGGAGAAGCAGAAACGAGAUUUGCGGAGGAAAAAAACAGCACUGAGGGAUGCCAGAGCUGUACUGGGUGUUUAAUAUAACAAUAUAAUCAUCUACUCUAUAGUAGUAUUAAUACGUUUUAUCAUUAAAAAAAAACAAAAAACUUUUUUAUGCCUACUUUAAAUAAUAAUAUAAUACAAUACCUGCUACAAACAGUCAGUCUUUUACACCUUUUUUUUAUAUUCAAGUGAUGCCACUGUUUAUACUGUAUGUUUACAAAAUCUUUGUUUAGUUUGUUUUUGAAUGGAAGUUUACAUCAAUGACAGAAAUCUCAUAAAAAAAUAUUCCUGGUAUAUAAUUUUGAUAUUAUCAUUCUUAUGUUCUCAUUCUCUAAAUACAUACCUGGAAACUAGUCGCUUUUCAGCGAAAUUCAACUUUUGAAUCAAAGUAUUCAUUUAUGUGAAUAGACUGGAGUGAAACUGUACAUUUGAAAAUAAAGGUUCCAAAAGGGG